AUGCGUAAGACUAGUAGUACACUUCCAGAAGAGUACAAGUACUACAAAGCCGAAGAAGAAACCUUCGAAUCCUCUCAUGAUGUUUUCCGAUCGUCGUUUCCUCGUGGAUUUGCGUGGGAGGUGAUCAGCGUUCAUUCCGGACCUCCGGUGAUAUCGUACAAAUUCCGACACUGGGGUUACUUCGAAGGUCCGUUCAAAGGCCAUAAACCUACCGGCAAAAUGAUUGAUUUCUAUGGCAUGGGCAUCCUAAAGGUUGAUGAAUUGUUGAGAGCAGAAGGUGUUGAGAUCUAUUACGAUCCGACAGAUCUUAUCUCGAAGUUGCUUAAGGGGGAGUUGAUAUCUCAGGAGGAAAACACUGCCGCAGAUGCUCCUCCGGCAAACACCGGUAACUGCCCAUUCGAGAAGCAAGUAUGA